CAAUCAGACCUGAGCCAAGGUCGGGACACUUAACCAACUGAGCCACCCAGGCACCCCCAUGACUGGAACCUUUAUAUGGACAAGUCUGCUUCCUUUUUUCAAAGUUUGUUACCGAAAACUUGCAUUUACUCAAGUUUUAGGAAACCGUCUCAUUGUUUUCUAAGUCCUUCUUACGUAGGCAUGCCAGAGUGAAGCAAGUGUGACUUAAAAAAAAAAAAUUGUGUCCUGCCUUCCCUGAACCCCGAAAAUCGAGUUCCAUUGGAUAUUCACACUAAGCAUGUGAGGCUAAGCUGAGCAGUAUGUUUUUUAAUCAGGAAGAGCAAGUCCAUACAUCCAUGCAGACUGUAGAAAAAGAAGGCAAGGUUCAUCUUAGCACCCGAAGGAACUUAAAUCAUCUCCUAGCCUGAUGCCUUUCAUUAUAGAUCGAGGGCCACAGACAUUAAAGAAUACACAUAUAUCCCACAGGCUGUAGAAGUCGGUGGCAGAGCUGACAGAGAAACCCACCUGCACGUUUCCACGGCUUUCCCCAUGACGCCUCCCCCGCCCCUCGGUGCCGUGUGCUAUCAACAAAGACUCAAAUACAGUCCAGCACGAUUUCUUAUCACAGGCAAGGAAACAGACCAAGAAAUAGUGCACGUUUAUCUUCACGUGAAAUACUUUCAUGAACAAAACUGAUGUUCACCUGAUACCAGUAUAAUCCGAAGUCCUUGUUGACUUUAAAACAAACGGCACUAUAGUCUCAUAAGCGAGCGCGGCUGAGUAUUUACUUUUACCAUUCUGUGCUUCCUGAGGUAUGGGAAGCAAAGUGUCGCUUAAUUUCAGUGAUCACCAGAUAAUUUCAUUGAUGUUUAAAUGAUCAAUGAUCAGAGUGACGGACGCUCUUAUUUCCAAAUCAGUCAAUCGGCAAAUUGUGGUAUUAACACCAUACUUUAAUUCGUUUAGACGUUUAAGUUGUCCUGUUGUAAUGGGGUUUUCUGAUCAGAUUCUCCAGGUUUCCCACAUUUAGAGAUUCAGACUGUAGGCCAAAGCCCGAUGACCAAAGAUGACCUUCAAGCUCCUAGGAAUUUUGGAUGUCGAGAACAUCCCCUGUGCACGAGAUUCAGUAUUAUAUGGUUCAUUAGGAUCUGUUGUGGCUGGCCUUGGACAUUUUUUGUUAACUAGUAGGAUUAGAAGAUCAUGUGAUGUUGGAGUAGGAGGAUUUAUCUUGGUGACAUUAGGAUGCUGGUUCCACUGUAGGUAUAAUUAUGCAAAGCUAAGAAUCCAGGAAAGAAUGGCCAGAGAAGGAAUUAAAAAUAAGAUUUUAUAUGAAAGUACCCACCUUGAUCCUCAAAGAAAACCAGCCAACGGCAACGGCGGCAGUGGGGUGACCUCGAGCACAGAAAACCCAGCUACAACUCACUGAGGUCCACGCUAGUACACCUUGUACGUGCCGUGACUUUCAAUCAAGUAAAUAAAGCGUGUGUUAGUUGUAGUCUCUUUUUCCUA